AUGCCCGGCCGUAAGCUCGCGUGGACAGUUGGAUUCGACGCGGAACAGAACCUCCCUGUCACGCUGCAAGACGGACACCUGCGAUUUGGUAGCGCCUCCUGCGUCGUUGGGAUUGAGGCGGGCGGGCGAGAUCCCGAUGUGUAUGUGCGCGGCCACGCCGUUGGCGGGAAACGCGCCGCGACUUGCGUGACUGCGGCAUCGGAUUUCGCACUUACCUAUUUGCGAGAUGUGCCUACGUUGAACAGCAUCGCCAGCAGCAGCAACACGCACGCCGACAGCAGCUUUCUCGCUAGUGUUGUGAGCUCGAGCGGAACGAUGCUCUCUGUGCGAGGCGUUCCAAUCCUCCGCACGUAUGGCGCUCGGAUGGACACCUUUGUCGUCGCGGAGAGAUCCGAGCAGUCGUUGGCCGCAUUGGUUGAGCACGGCUGUGAGGUCGUGCUCUCCGGCUCGAGCACGGCCGUCGACCGAUGGGCGUGCGCCAGUAUCGGCCGCGAUAGUGCUGGCAAGGCGCAGCCCUACAGCACACAGCGCAGCGUCGCCGUGCUGGUUCGUGGGUGCGACGGCAGAGAGCGGAGUGGCUGCUGCCGUAUUAUGGCAUUUCUCGACGCUGUCGACAUGAGCGGGUACGACUGGGUCUCCUUCAACGACGACGACGUCUACGUGCCGCCCUGCCUGGCCUCAUUCCUGCCCUCGUCUGCGUCGCCCCUCUAUGCACCCGCCAAGCACGUCGGCGUGGGUGGCGGGUGGCGAUGGAGCCUGUGCGGCGAUCGAGGGCGGCCUCACACUGAGAUUGCGUUGCCGGCCGGGUACGGGAUCGCAAACAAGGGUUUUGUGCGCCUUCUGCAUCGGGACAGCCGCCAGACGGCCCGCCAGUGCGCGAGCGCGGGCUAUUUCAUUGACGUGGCAAUCUCCUUUGCGUCGUGGAGAGCAGCCGUUGCACUCACACCGCUGCUGGACUGGACGGACCCCCGCGUCACGUGGGCAGGCGGCCAGCGGCGGCUGUGGACCAACACGAGCCUCAUUUAUCACAAAGUGCGCAGCCCGUACGACUUCUACCUCCUCGACGCACGCACGUCAUGCGCUGCACCGGCGAGGGCGGCCGCACUCGCGAAGGAGCGGGUGCAACAGCCGGGGUAUGCGCGCACAGCACAUGCGAAGGGCGGCUCCGAUUCCUCUGCAUCACCGUUCCUCUGCGACGGCCCUGAGCAGAGCACGGCACGGGGGGGGCGCUCCGUCCAGUCGGUCCGCCGUAGCCAUGUCACCCGGGUGCGUAAGCCCCGCGAUGAGCUGAGUGCGCCAGUUCGCUGGCGCGCUGCACUUCCUACUCGGUAA